UGAAUACAGCUGAGCUUGUUCUACUUUAUUAUCAACUCAAACCAAAUGUGCAUUCGAACAGAACUGGAAGAUCCAGUGGUCAAGCAUAGUCACGUGACAUAGUUAUCUCGACCCUUUGCUGUGCUGUGAGGUGAGGGUUUGAAAUAUGGCCAGCUCAAUGCAUUGCAAAUCCAUCAUCGGGAGAUGCACUGUAGGACUGCGUCGUGUAAAUGAUUUGAAGGUGGCAGCAUGCACGUCUUGGAUGCAACAUCGUCCACUGUCAACUAAGUUCCCAGAAUUUAAGAAUAAUCCACAACUUCAGAGCCAUGACCAAAUUUAUAAGUUCAGUUUGGAGAACCCUGAUCAGUUUUGGAGCACCCUUGCACGAUCACGUUUGCAGUGGUCAAAAGAUUUUGACACUGUUAAGGACUGUGACAUUAUCAAAGGACACAUUAAGUGGUUCCUUGGAGGCCAGUUGAAUGCAUCAGUGAACUGUGUUGACCGACAUCUUGAUACACUUGGGGAUUCCACCGCCCUGAUUUGGGAGAAAGAUGAACCAGGAACCGAGGAACAUGUUUCAUACAGACAGCUGUCACAGAUGGUUAACAGAAUCUCCAACAUGCUUAAGAAGCAUGGCGUAAAGAAAGGUGACCGGGUGGCCAUCUACCUCCCCACCUCCCCAGUGGCGAUCGCCUCCAUGUUGGCCUGUGCCAGGAUUGGUGCCGUUCACAGUGUCGUAUUCGCUGGGUUCAGUGCAGAGGCUCUGGCAGGGAGGAUAGAAGAUGCAAAAGCAGAAACAGUCAUAACAGCUGACGAGGGUGUGAGGGGUGGUCGCAAGAUUCCCCUGAAGAAGGUUGUAGAUGAAUCGGUAUCCAAGUGCCCCUCAGUGAAGAGAGUCUUUGUCUACCGAAGAACAGGGAUGGGAACCCGAGGGAAAAACGACUUCUCACUGGAUGAUGAAAUGGCAAAAGAGUCCGAUGUCUGUGAUCCGGAGUUGAUGGAAAGUGAAGACUUUUUGUUCAUGCUGUACACCUCGGGCUCUACAGGAAAACCUAAAGGAAUCGCCCACUCCACUGCGGGCUAUCUGCUGUAUGCUAUGAUGACCCAGAAGCAUGUGUUUGACUACAAGGUCGGUGAGAGGUUUGGAUGUGUGGCUGACAUUGGUUGGAUCACUGGACACAGUUAUGUGGUCUAUGGUCCGCUCCUCAAUGGAGCUACUACAGUUCUAUUUGAAAGUAAUCCUAUCUAUCCAGAUGCAGGCAAAUAUUGGGAGAUGACAGAGCGACUGAAGCUGGAACACAUGUACCUGUCCCCCACCGCUCUCCGCAUGCUCCUAAAGGAGGGAGAUAACUUUGUGACCAAGUAUGACAGGUCUUCAUUAAGAAAGCUUGGAUGUGUUGGGGAACCGCUGAACCGUGAAGCAUUUGAGUGGUACAGGGAUGUGGUAGGCGGUGGGCGGUGUGAUGUGAUAGACACUUGGUGGCAGACAGAGACUGGGGGAAUCUGUAUUACACCUCGCCCCUCAGAGGAAGGGGCGCCCAUUUUACCAGGCAUGCCAAUGAGACCUUUCUAUGGAAUUGCUCCUGCACUGGUCGAUCAAAAGGGAGAAGAAGUGACAGGAAAUGAUGUCAAGGGGGCUCUAUGUAUUAAAUCAGUGUGGCCUGGGAUGGCCCGCACAAUUUACGGAGACCACCAAAGGUUUCUGAACACCUACUACACUCCAUACCCAGGGUACUACUUCAGUGGGGAUGGAGCCAGAAGGACAAAGAGUGGAUACUACCAGAUCACCGGGAGAAUGGAUGAUGUUCUAAAUGUUAGCGGCCACAGACUGGGGACAGCAGAGAUUGAAGAUGUACUGGAUGACCAAGAAGAGGUUGCAGAAUCAGCUGUUGUGGGAUAUCCCCAUGACAUCAAAGGAGAGGGUAUUUAUGCAUUUGUGGUCCUGAAAGGGGAACAUGACAUGCCUCUAGACAAGCUUGCUAAUGAGCUGAGGGGCAUGGUGAAAACAAGGAUAUCCUCGUUUGCUCAGCCUGAUAUGAUUCUGUUUGCUCCUGGACUUCCCAAAACAAGAUCUGGUAAAAUAAUGAGGAGAAUUCUACGGAAAGUGGCAGCAAAUAAACCUGAUGAACUUGGGGAUACAUCCACACUUUUUGAUCCAUCAGUUGUGGAUGCCAUCGUGGAAAAGCAUGAGGAGGUCUAUGGAAAGAAGCAAUAGCCAAGCAAUGACCAAUUUGUUCCAUCCAAUUUAACUCUUUGUUUUUUUAUUUCAAGUAGAGACAUUGGUGUGGGUCUUUUAUUGACAGGUGAAAAAAUAACAGUAUUAAUCCAGUGAAUGUGAAUGUACCUUAAUUACCACACCCUCUUUCUUGCAAUAUAUUUUGACAUACAGUAAACUUUAUUUAUAAUUGAAAGGCUCAAUUCCAAAUAUUCUAAAUACAGGUAAAAUCUAGUUUCAACAUGCCCUCAGGACCUGUAAUUUUAUACCUUUAGUUUUCUGCAAUUGUAAGUUUGCAUCAGUACCUUGUUGCUUAGUACCGUACUUCUACCAGGUUGUAAGAUUGAAACAUACAAUGUACCAAGAAAUUGUUGUAUAUGCUAGCUCUGAGAUUGGAUAAUUUGGAAUUGAUUAAAAAAUAUAAGAAAAGUAUGUGAAACUUGCAUUUAUUCAUGGAAUGAAUGUAAAUUCAUUAUUUUAUUUUUCUUUAAUUCUGAAAUAUCUGUGAGAAUCUAUCGCGUGUAUUAAACAAGUAAAUGUUCGGUUGCAAAUACGGUGUAUUUAUUACGAAUAUUCCUGUAAAAAAAUUAGUUUUAACAUUGAAAAGUAUAUUAAGUAGUGAAUUGCCUUAAGAAUUAACGAUAUAAACUAUGCAACCCCUUUGUAAUUUUUUUCCUUCUCAGUAGUUCUUUAUACAUUAUGUAUUUUAACUGUUAUGUAUAUUACAGUACAUAGUAAUUAUUUUCUUUUACAUGUGUUGUAAUUUUACAAAGGUCAUCAGUUAUCUAGUGUUUCUUGUAAAAUUAAAUUAUAAGAUCACCUAAAAAUUGAUUAUUUGCUCUCUCAAUUUCUAUGAGUCAGUGGGCAGGCAUAUUAUGUAUUUAAAACCCCCAAAAAGAUUUAGCCAAGAUAGAAAGAAGAGGGCAGAUAAUUAAGUACCCCUGGAUCAGUAGGAAAUUCAAUUGUUGUUAAUUGCUGAUUUUAUGCAUACAAUCAUAUAUCAAUUGUUGUUAAGAUUUUAUACAUUGUUAUUUUUAUAAAUUGAUCAAUUUUGAUAGAUAAUAUUGUCAUUCAUCUAGUCAUACCCAAUUCUUACAAUACCAACAGAGCUAUACAGUUUUAUCAGUUUGCCUUUUGUAUUCAUUGAAUUUUGAUUAUGUUAAUUAAUUUCCAACAAAUUUGUGUGAUUUGGUCUUUUAGGACUUUAUAUGAAGAAACAUUUAAGGUUGAUGAUUAUAAAAACCUUUUUUUUUUUAAGCACAUGUAUACUGCAUAUAUAUGUUAAAGACAUGUAAACUUGGCUCUGUGUAAUAUAAUUGGCCAUUAUACACCGUGUAUACUGGUACUUGCAUUACAACCAGGAUUUUUUAACGAUAAUAUUCAAUUGAAUAUAGAUUUUAUUUUUUACCAAAGUGCAUGUUUUUUUCCAGUUUUAUACUUUAAAAUACCAAAAUAGAGGGUUUGCAUAUUUUAUGAAACAUUUUUGAAUAACACAUGUAAUGUUUUUAUUUUUAGGUCAAUCAGAUAAUGUGUUUUAGGUCAAUCAGAUAAUGUGUUCUAUCAAUAUCAGCUGCAACAGAUGUAUUUUUUUUAAUAGAAGUCUGUAUAAUGACUAUAAUCACAUGUACAUGUACUGGUAUAUUACGUCACAUGAAUUACAUUGUAUAAUUGUUUUUGUGGCUACACAUAUAUAAUAGAAUGUAGUUUGUCAUUUAUUUAUCAUAGAUAAAUAUAUCCAAGGCAAAAUAUA